UGUAUCAUAACAUAUCAGUGUUCUUUACAAAGUCAUUAUCAGAAACUUGUAAAGCGAAUGGGAGCCGAUUGUAUGAGGCGUUAGAAUUUUUCCCUUUUAUAUUUGGUAAAUCUCUAGAUUUCAGUCAUAAUGGCUGACCAAAAAGUUGCCUUGAUCACGGGUGCAAGUUCUGGUAUUGGCGCUGCAACCGCUAUACAUUUCGCAAAACUAGGAUACAAAUUAGCCAUUUGUGGGAGAAAUGCAGCUGCUCUCGCUGAAACAACAACCCAUUGCCUGGAAGCAAAUGACAAACUGUCUGCGGACAGUGUACUACAAUUGGCUGGGGACAUGUCUGUUGAAAAGGAUUGUGAAGAUGCAGUGAAAAAAGCUGUUGAGAAAUUCAAUAGAUUAGAUGUUCUCAUUCCUUGUGCAGGAAUAUUGACUACUGGCCCACUGGAAACUAUAUCAUUGGAUGAAUAUGACAAUCUAAUGAACAUCAAUUGCAGGUCAAUUAUCUUACUUAUGAAACUUUGCACUCCACACCUCAUUGAAACAAAAGGGAACAUUGUGAAUGUUUCUAGUGUGACAGGACUAAGAGCUUUUCCAGGUGUGUUGUCCUAUUGUAUCAGUAAAGCCGCUGUUGACCAGCUGACUCGUUGUUCUGCAUUGGAAUUAGCACCAAAAGGAGUGCGCGUCAAUGCUGUAAAUCCUGGUGUCAUCAUUACCCAUUGCCAUAAGCGCGCCGGAAUGACAGAAGAAGCUUACGCCAAAUUUUUAGAACAUUCGAAAACUACGCAUGCCCUUGGACGUCCUGGCACUGCUGAUGAGGUUGCUAAAGCUAUUGCAUUCCUGGCUUCGGAUGACGCAUCGUUCAUUACAGGGGUCACACUCCCCGUGGAUGGCGGCCGUGGCAUAAUGUGUCCCCGAUGAAUCAAAGAAUUUGAUUUUAGAUACUGUAAUCGGGUAGAUUUGGAAGCAGUUACAUGCCAGUAACAGAAAUGAUGACUUUGUAAGCUUACAUCAUAUACUUUUGAUUACACGUUGAUUGGCUACA